AUGGAAGAAAGCACCAAUGAUUUGUUAAAGAAGUUGUUGAUUGACAAUCAGCAGCUUAGGACCGAUUUUAGAAACCUUGAGAGGCAGAUGGAGCAGUUAGCAACCAAUCAAAACACUAGACCUGCAGGUGCUCUCCCAAGUGAUACAGAGAAGAACCCUCAAGUGAAUGCAGUUACACUUAGAAACGGGAGGGAGCUAGAGGAAGUGCCAAAGAAGAGGAAAGAUAAGCCCAUACCUGAGGGGGAGUUGAUCCCUAAAGUAACACAAGAGCCAAAGAAUGCUGCUGAAAUUCCAGAGCCAGUUCAAUUGAAUAUUCCACUUGUUGAUGUGCUCCGUGAAAUUCCAAAAUAUGCCAAGUACAUAAAAGAUAUAGUGGCUCACAAGAGAAGAUUGACUGAAUUAGAGACAGUUGCACUUACUGAGGAGUGCACUUCGAGGGUCCAAAAUAAGCUCCCUCAAAAGCUUAAGGAUCCUGGCAGCUUUACCAUCCCUGUGAGAAUUGGUAAUAUUGACGUGGGACGUGCUCUUUGUGAUUUGGGGGCAAGCAUAAAUCUGAUGCCCCUAUCCUUGUUCAAGAAAUUGGGUCUGGGAGCUCCAAGGCCAACUACUGUGAUGUUGCAGCUGGCUGAUAGAUCUAUAGUACACCCCGAGGGGGUAAUUGAAGACGUAUUGCUACAAAUUGGAAAAUUUAUCUUCCCAGCUGACUUCAUUAUCCUGGAUUAUGAGGCUGACGAACUGGUCCAAUCAUAUUAG